GGAAAGGGAGGAGGUUAGUGAACCUCUCCGCACUCUGGGCGCUAAAAAAACACUCGUACUCAACUUCUCUCGUAGAAGGCUGUAGACUGGUGGAGAACAUGGACAACAAGACCCCGAAGUACACAGAUCUUGAAUUGGCCAUCAAUUCCCUGGUGACCCAGUUCCACGCGGCGUCGGCUAACGACAGCCCCACCCUGAGCGUCGAGGAGUUCCAGGGCAUGCUUACCAAAGAACUGCCCACCGUAGCCAAGUCUGCUGGGGAUCAGGAGAGCCUGAACAAUAUGCUGAAGGAGAUGGGCGUGGCAGACGGGCAGGGAGUCAGCUUCGAGAACUUCUGGAAUCUGGUGAACACCUUCGCUACCAGUCAGUGUGGGCUGCUUCAGAAAGACAAAAAAGUUCACUGCUCCUGCCUGUUACUCUGAGACCCUGACCAGUAGCCUGCCAGUUUUAUAGUCUGGUGAUAUGUUGUCCUGACAGACCCUGGACCGACCCCCUCAGGUCUGAUCGUUCCCAUGUUUCCAAUACUGAAGGGCUAAACACUACCAACAGGGCAUCUCAGACUUUCAUGCGGUGCUGUGAAAAAGUAUUUGACCCACACUAGAUUCUGUCUGAUUUUAGAUGUUUCAGAUCUUCUGACUAAUUUUAAUAUAAAAUAAACCAUCAUUCCAUUUGAUGAACCUGAUUGUGCCACCCUUGCCUACACUGAAAGGUGUUCCAGCUUGAACUGCCCAUUUAGGGUCACAGCAUCUCAUUGGGAUUCAAACCAGGACUUCCAAACCUCUCCCAAUUCCUUAAUUUUGCUUCUUUUGAGCUGCAUAACCCAACCGGUUCUUGCGCUUUUAGGAUUUUCUGGUAGAGACCAUGUUUGACUGCUGGUAUUAGGAUGUUCUUAUGGUAGAAUGUGGGACCCAUGUCUUCCAAAACAUUCCACCUUAUUCUUUUCAUGUACAUCUGGGUUCUUUAGUGGCCUCCUAGAUGAAUCGUCUCGGUGUUCUUGGUCAUAUUUUAUAGACGGGACACUUCUGGGAAAGUUAAUCGCUGUUCCGCGCUCUCAAAAUGUGGAUAAUGGCUCUCACUGUGGUUCGCCAGAGUCACAGAGCCUCAAUACUGGUACAUUUCAGUGAAUUUAUUCGUCAUUUGUAUUUAAAUCUCUUUAGAACGUGCUGCUUUUGAGACCCUCUUCUAUGUAAGUGAUGUCUAGAUGCACACCAUGCUCAGGUGUGGCUUGUAAAAUGUAUCAAUUGAAUCUGGUUAACUGGAUAAUUUAGCAGCUAAGGGGGGCGAUUACUUUUACACAUGGGACCAGAUAGAGCCGAACAGCAUUUUCUCUUUAAUAAAUCACUAAACAACAGUCUGUGACUUCAUUAUUUUAAUAUUAAAAGUAGUUCGACGAUCUGAAACACAGAAGUGUGAAAUUGAAAUUGAAAAGGGGGCACAUACUUCUUCACAGCGCUGUGUGAUGUUUAUUUUUUGAAGAAGCAGCCUCUGUAUUUUAUAACAUGUUCUAAUGCUGCAAUUUUUUAUGUUUCUGAAUUGAACUGCCAGCCUAUUUUUGUACUAUGAUGAUGAUAACUGCGAUUCUAAUAGAUGUGAUUUAAAUGUCUCAGUGUAAAUGAAGAUAUAAUAAAUUUAUACAUAUACACAAA